GAUCGCAGUUAAUAAUUAGGUAUAAAAACAAUCACCUUGGUCUCUGUUUUUCAAAUCGUUCUUUGCCCUCGAUUCCAACUGUUUAGCUUCUCCCUAUCCACAGUUCACGAUGCAGCUCACUCUUCUCGCAUCCCUCGCAGUCCUUUGCUCCUCUGCUUUCGCUGCCCCUGCUGAACGCCGCGAUGACUCGUUGGUUGAGGCCAUUGUCUAUGUGGAGAACGUCUUGAACGACGCAAGUGUCAACGUCCUCACCAAGCGUGAUGAUGGGGCCUUGAUUGAUGCCAUCGUCUAUGUGGAGAACGUCUUGAACGACGCAGAUGUCAACGUCCUCACCAAGCGUGAGGACUUGGCUGACGUCAUCGUUGCUGUCACCAAUGAUUUGAAUAAUCUUGAUGUGAACGUUCUGACCAAACGUGGUAGUUUGGCUGAUAUUAUCGUUGACAUCCAGGAUGAUUUGGAUAAUCUCGAUGUGAACGUUCUUACGAAACGAGGUGAUGAUGCUUUGAUCGGCGUCGACGUCAUUGUUGACGAUGUUCUCAACAAUGCCGAUAUCAAUAUCCUUUAGUUGGUUGAUGUGGGAUCUCUGGUCAUGGCUCAUUGCGUCUGCUUCAUCACAUUUGUAAGUAUACCCACUAUGACGUACACUUAUUCCAGACUUCGGCGAUUGUUUGGCAGGAUUCACACAUUACGUAUUCAUACGCAUUUCAAUAUUCAAUCGUCAUUGGUCGUUCUCAUACGCGCUAUUGGACUAUACGACCUGUAUCCGGCAGGCGCGUAUAUAAUAAAAUUGUCUUCUUAAGACGGCAAAGUCGAAAUAACACACAGCGAGUUCAACAUAUGUGAAACCCAUGCCAUAAUGGUUGCCUGCCGUUUAUCCUUUGUGUAC